GUUCGGCAAUACACCUAAUUUCAGCACCACUUUGCUGUCCACUGAAUUAAGCAAGAUAAAGAUGUCCCAGGUCAAACAGGUGGGGUUGCUGGCUGCGGGAUGCCAGCCCUGGAACAAAGACGUGUGUGCGGCCAGUGGAGAUAGGUUUGCCUACUGUGCCACUCUUGCAAUAUAUGUUUACCAGCUGGACCACAGGUAUAAUGAGUUCAAGCUUCGUGCGAUCAUGUCCGAACACAAGAAGACCAUCACGGCGAUAUCGUGGUCUCCCCAUAACCCAGAGGUGUUCGCCAGCGCCAGCGCAGACAACCUGCUGAUCAUCUGGAAUGUGGCUGAGCAGAAAGCCGUGGCACGGCUGGAUAACACCAAGGGAAUCCCAGCCUCUCUCAGCUGGUGCUGGAAUGCUGGUGAUGCGGUGGCCUUUGUCUCGCACCGUGGACCCCUCUACAUCUGGACCAUCUCAGGGCCGGAUUCAGGCGUGGCAGUGCACAAGGAGGCCCACAGCUUCCUGUCUGACAUCUGCCUGUUCCGCUGGCACCCCCUGAAGAGGGGAAAGGUCGUCUUUGGACACACUGAUGGGAGCCUGUCCGUCUUCCAGCCCGGCUCUAAGAACCAGAAGCACGUCCUGAGGCCAGAGUCUCUGGAGGGCACUGACGAAGAGGAUCCGGUCACUGCUCUUGAGUGGGACCCCCUGUCCACCGACUACCUCCUGGUGGCCAACCUGCACAAUGGGAUCCGUCUGGUGGACUCAGAGUCUCUGUCCUGCAUCACCACCUUCAGCUUCCCGAGCUCUGCCGCGUCAGUGCAGUGUCUGGCCUGGGUCCCCAGUGCCCCCGGCAUGUUCAUCACAGGAGAUUCACAGGUUGGUGUGUUGCGGGUAUGGAACGUGUCAAGGACAACACCACUGGACAAUUUCAAACUCAAAAAGACCGGUUUCCACGCAUUGCACGUGCUAAAUUCUCCACCUGCAAAGAAAGCCUUGAUGUCGAUAUCCCCGACUAAAAACCACCACACGUCCUCCACCAGUGAAGCCGUCCCCCCACCAACGCUGUCCCAGAACCGGGCCUUCUCCCUGCCUCCGGGGCAUGCGGUCUGCUGCUUCAUGGAUGGGGGGGUGGGGCUCUACGACAUGGGGGCCAAGAAGUGGGAUUUCCUCCGAGAUCUGGGACACGUGGAGACGAUAUUUGACUGCAAAUUCAAACCAGAUGACCCAAAUCUCCUGGCAACUGCAUCUUUUGAUGGGACUAUAAAAGUGUGGGAUAUUAACACACUGACAGCUGUUUACACGUCACCAGGAAAUGAAGGGGUGGUCUACUCCCUCUCCUGGGCCCCCGGAGACCUGAACUGCAUUGCUGGGGCCACAUCUCGAAAUGGAGGCUUCAUCUGGGAUGUGAAAAAAGGCAAAAUGAUCACAAGGUUUAAUGAGCAUGGGAAAAAUGGGAUCUUCUGCAUCGCAUGGAGCCAUAAAGACUCCAAAAGGAUCGCCACGUGCAGCGGGGAUGGCUUCUGCAUAAUCCGUACAAUCGACGGAAAGGUGUUACACAAAUACAAACAUCCCGCCGCGGUGUUCGGCUGUGACUGGAGCCAAAACAACAAAGACAUGAUUGCGACUGGCUGUGAGGAUAAGAACGUGCGGGUGUACUACCUGGCCACCAGCUCUGACCAGCCUCUGAAAGUGUUCACCGGCCACACCGCCAAGGUGUUCCAUGUCAGGUGGUCACCACUGAGAGAGGGGAUCCUCUGCAGCGGUUCUGACGAUGGGACUGUGCGGAUUUGGGACUACACCCAGGACGCCUGUAUCAACGUGUUGAGUGGCCACACAGCUCCUGUCAGGGGUCUGAUGUGGAACACAGAGGUCCCUUACCUGCUGACCUCCGGGAGCUGGGACUACACCAUCCGGGUCUGGGACACACGAGACGGGACGUGUCUGGACACAGUGUACGAUCACGGGGCAGACGUCUAUGGUUUGACGUGCCACCCCAGCCGUCCGUUCACCAUGGCCUCCUGUUCCAGGGACUCCACGGUCAGGCUGUGGUCUCUCACCCCUCUCAUUGCCCCUCUCCUCAUCAAUAUCUUAGUCGAUCGCAGCUGGGAUGACAUCAUCGGGAACACAGGGGAGUAAUUGGGGUGGGGAAAGGGGGAUCGUGCUAUGGUGCCUGGUGCCCCACCCCUUCUGUGUGGUAAAGUAUCCAGGGACAUUAAGCAAGAGCUGGAUAAACUGUCUAGUGAUGUCCGUGUGAAGAAACUGAGGUGGUUCUCUGAAUGCUUCUCUCCGCCAGGCGGAAGUAACAACCUUUGGGACCUUGUGGCCGUGACAACAGGUCAGGAUGACAGCCUGCUCCCCCAGAGCUACGGGAAGGGCAUCAUGCACAUGAAACACCUGGUCAGGUUCAAGACUUCAGAGGCACAGGAGCUGACAAUCGUGAAAAUGUCCAAGUUCGGAGGUGGGAUAGGAGCUCCCAGCAAGGAGGAGAGGCUGAAGGACGCGGCUGAGAUCCACCUGAGACUGGGGCAGAUACAGAGAUACUGUGAGCUCAUGGUGGAGCUGGGAGAGUGGGAUAAAGCACUAUCAGUGGCACCUGGAGUAUCCUUGAAAUACUGGAAAAAACUGAUGCAAAGGAGAGCUGACCAGCUUAUGCAAGAGGACAACAAUGAUGUCAUCCCAUACUGCAUUGCGACCGGCGAUGUGAAGAAACUGGUCAAUUUCUUCACCUCUAGAGGCCAGCUGAAGGAGGCCCUGCUUGUUGCACAGGGUGCGUGUGAGGGGAACAUCCACGUGCCCCAAACCUCUUCAAUAAACAACUCUGCAAGCACAGACGAAGACAACAUCAGCAUGUACAAUGGGCUGUUGCAUGGUGUCUGUAAGGAGCUGGCAGAGUGGUAUUUUCAGGAUGGCCGAGCGAUACUGGCAGCCUGCUGCCAUUUGGCAGUGGAUAAUACAGAGUUGGCAAUGGCCAGUCUAAUUAGGGGCAAUGAGCUGGAACUGGCUGUAUGUGUUGGAAUGGUGCUGGGAGAAGCAGCCAAUCAGGCCACACAUUACGUCUUGGAACUACUGGCCAGGAAGUACAUGACUGCUCCCACCUGCUUUCCAUCUGUUGGAUACAGGGACCUGGCUGCCGAUUUGUUACAAAUGAUUCCAGAGAAUGAAAUCCUGUUAGUGAAGCUGUGUGCUUUCUACCCAGGGAGUGCUGCAGAAAUCAAUGAUCUUCAUGGAAAAUGCAGUCUACCGAGUUUAGAAGAAUGUAAAGAGUUAGGGGAACAGGCGAACAGUGAUGGGGAGAUUUUCCAAGCUGUAAAAUACUACCUUCUGAGUCAAGAGCCAGAAACGGCCCUGCCUAUAGGAAUCUUGUUUGUUAAAGAGCAACUUAGCAGAUGUGAGUGGACAUUGGACUCAGUGCAUCCCAUCCUGGAUGUGCUUAGCUACAUCAGAACUGACAGGCUCAUUCUUCCUAAGGUUAACGAGAGCCAUAAUGAGCUGCUUAUCCUCUGUGGAUACAUCGGGGCUCUGCUGGCUAUCCGGAGACAAUACUCCAGCAUCGUUCCAGCUCUGUAUGAGUACACCAGCCAGCUGCUGAAGAGGCGGGAGGUGUCCGUCCCUCUAGAGAUCCAGCAGCUCUCUGUGGAGCUGGACGCAUGGCGGGCCUGCACCAUGUCUCACAACAAGUCCUCUGAGGAAGUGACGUAUACACCUCCGUCAGAGGCCCAGAAGGCUGAGUACGCCCUCUUGCUGAGCAGAAUUAAGGAGGAGCCCCUCAGGGGCAUGGAGGGACCUGACUAUGUGACCGGCUCCAACCUCCCCAGCCACUCUGACGUCCAGAUCUCCUGUUUCACAGGCCUACGGAUACAGGGCCCUGUGUUUUUCCUUGAAGAUGGGAAGUCAGCGAUUUCGCUAAACGACGCUCUAAUGUGGGCUAAAGUGAAUCCCUUCUCCCCGCUUGGCACGGGGAUGCGUAUUAACCCCUUCUGAACACAGUGUGUGGCACAGGUAGCCAGGGGCUCUUGGGCGUGUGACGGAGAAGCACAGGCAUAGACACGGUGUAUACGUCAGCAUCUGCUUUGGGGAGUGUCUUUGCUGAAAGGAUGGGCGAGCAACAGCUCAAGAGGGACAAAGGAAGAAUUGUCAAAAAGUGCUAUGAGACAAAAGGUUGAUUGUCAUUUCCAAAGGUUGUCAUCCCACAGUUUGUGGCUUGGAUGUAUGCACGGUUUGUGCAAAAAAUCAGUUUGAUGAAACAUAUCAGAUGAUUGGUUAAGAUUCACACAAGCACUUUUACUGACAGGACAGAAUAGAGUGCUUAAAUGCAAUUUCAUUUGAAUUGAAUUUUAUAUGUGGCAAAAAUAUUUUACCGACUUUGUCAGAAAGCUUGAUCGUGAUGGGGAUAAAACAGUUUUGAUGAAGGAUGGCAGAUGUAUUCUCAGAAUUAAAAUGCUUCUUCCAGUGUCAGAGAGUGAUCUGACAGAAAUUUGGAAAGAAUACAGACAUUUCCCACAUGGUCAUAAGGCUGCAUACCUCAUACCUACACAAAACUGUUUACUUUUGUUAUUCAUACAGUAAAGUUUUUCAUAUCCUUCCUUUUGUCAUACCUUUAAUACACAAAACUGUUUAUUUUUCACUGUUUCUACAGUAUACAUUUUCAUAUACUUCCUUUUGUUUGUUCCCUUUCCUCAGAAUUUCAUAAUUCAACAUAUUGUGUAGUCAGCAAAAACUCUCACAGAUGAAACUUGUUUAAUCUUAAUUUUACAAAAUGAGGGAAAGAAAUGUCAAAAAUCACUUCAAUAUUCAGUUGCAGGUCAUGCAAUGCAUUUCAUUUAUUGCUUUAUCUGUAAAAUGUGCAAGUAAAAGAAUGAUUAUCAAAAAACUGCAGUAUCUGUGGAAUUGUUAGCAAGUGGUAGUAUGGCCCCAAUCGCUUUGCUUUGAAACAAGUUGGGCAGUAGUGUGCUUUGUAAUUCACUGUGAAUGUAAACAUUUUUGUAAAUCCAAAAAAAAGAGAAAAGAAGCUUGUAAAGAUAUGGAUUUUAUUUAUUAGCUUGUACUGUAUAUAUUGAAUAUUGUUUGGUUGUGCAGUAUUAUCAUAUCAGGGUUGUGUGUGGUUGGUGACAGAAAAGAAAAAGUCCAAAUCAAUAUUUUUUUCAUUUUUUUCCUCACUGUUGCCAGUGUGGGGGAAAUUGUAAUUAAAAUUGAAAUGUCCCAUUGAAUAUUGGGAUGUGUUUUAACAUGUUACAAAUGUGCAAACCUAAGGCUUAAGAUAGUUGUUGGCUUGCCUUCAACAAAGGUAGUACUUUAUCUUCAAUUUGCACAUUAAUUUAGUUGUAGUAACUGUGAUUAAAAAUAUAUCUGCAAGUUGUGCCUUAAUAAAGUAGAAGACAAAACAUUCAUUAUCCUUACCAGUUUAAUAAUGUACAUGUGGAAGGCAUUAGUUGCAUUAGCCUUUAAAAGCUUCACGGGUCAAUUGCAGUGUGCUUAGCUGGAGUUUGAAGCUCAGCUGUAAACCUCUAAGCCACAGAACUGUGCUGCAACUGCAAAAGCUAAUCAUUAUUUCAGAGAUUGGAUUGCUGUUCCAGUUGUAAUGCAGUUCUGUGGUCCAGAGGUUAAACCGGUUGAUUAAACCCACGGUUUAAGCCCCAGCUAAGCAUGUUACAAUUGACCCUACAAGUGUCCAAGACAAGGGGCACUUGUGUGUGCCUGGGGGUUUCUGUGAAAUGAUUUAAGUUAUUAUUACAGUGUUUUAGCACUGGUUCAACUGUACCGUGCUAGUUUGUUUUCCUCAGGUUUCAUUGCAAUAUGUAUGUGUGUUUGUAUUUAUUGUUUGGCUUAUUUAUUUAUUAAUGUACACUGUGGAUAUCAGCUGCUGUAGAGUCACUUUAAUUGACUGCAUUCGACUGCCAGAUGUACUGCCUGACAUAAUGGUCAAAUUAUAAUUGUCAAAAAGUAAUAUACGUACAUUUCCCAUCAAGGUUUGCCCUCAAGCUUGAUAAUAGCUAUUGUAGGAGGUUUUUCAUAGGAGCAUAAACAUUGGUAGGCAGACUUAAAAAUAAAAACAGUGAAAUCCAACUAGUGCAGAAACAUUUUAUGUAAAGGUGUCAUUCCCACUUAAUGGCUUUGUGUUGCUUAUUUACACCUCGUGUGUAAGCAAUAUGAAAUAAACCUUUUCAUACAGUA